AUGCCAACAGCCCUGGUUGAACGCGCCGGUGUGCCAUAUCAAGACCGCGAGUACUGGGUUAGCGUUCUACUCAUGUGCGAAGCCGCCGUCGCCUGUGUAUGCUGCCCGAUCUUCGGCUACAUCGUCGAUGUCUCGUCCACCCGCCAAUUCCCCUACCUGCUCGGCCUGAUCCUCCUUGGCGCUUCCAUGAUCCUCCUCUCAAUCGCGCAUACAGUGGAGUUGUUCGUCAUCGCCAGAUUGCUGCAAGGCGGUGCGACGGCCAUGGUAGCUGUCGCGGGCCUAUCCCUCCUGACGGACUCCGUCGCGUUCGAUAAUCUCGGCCAGGUGAUCGGCUACCUAGGCUCAUCUAUCGCCAUGGGGUUCCUGCUCGGCCCAUUGCUAGGUGGACUCAUCUACGAUGCAGCGGGAUACCCGGCUGUGUUCAUAUUGGCGUUCGCCAUUGUCGGCGUGGAUCUAAUAAUGCGGAUUGCAGUGAUCGAGAAGAAGGUUGCUCGUCAGUGGCUUCAUGAGGACUCGGAGACGACACACUCAGGCACCAGCCCCCGUGGAUACAAUACUUUCAGCAACGCAGCACUACCACCGGGCUCUUACUCGCCCAUAUCGAAGAAGCCCGCUCUGUUUCUGAUCAUCCGUCAGCCGCGGGUCAUGAUCUCGUCAUGGGCUCUCCUUGUCCACGGACUCUUAUACUCCGCUUUCGACGCAACAAUUCCCGUAUUCGUUGAAUCCCACUUCAACUGGGGCCCCUUAGGAGCAGGCCUAUCAUUCCUCCCCUCAGCCAUAACCGCUCUCUUUGAGCCAUACUUCGGCCAUCUAUCAGACCGCUACGGCGCCCGCAGAAUAACAUUAAUCGGCUUCUCCUUCCUCAGUAUCCCCCUCGUCUGUCUCCGUUUCGUCGAACACCACACCACCGAGCACAUGGUCCUACUAAUCUCUCUCCUCACCUUAAUCGGCCUCCUCAUGAACCUAUGCGUGCCAGCCCUAUUCGUCGAAACCCAGCAGGUCCUCGACGGCAUGGAGCGUGAGCAGCCCGGCAUCUUCGGUAAAAAGGGCGCCGUGGCGCAGGCGUUCGGCGUGCAGACUAUGGCGCAGUUCCUGGGCCUGUUCCUGGGCCCGUUGUGGGGUGGGUUCAUUGAGUAUCGGUUCGGGUGGAAGAAUAUGUCCUGGACGCUGGCUUUGUUGGCCGGGUUGACUGCUAUUCCGAUGCUGUGGCUGAGUGAUGGGUGCGAGUCGGUGGUGGGGGAGGAUGAGGAGAGAGAAAGGUUGGAAUUGCUCAGCGAGAGAUUUGCCCAGUGCAGUGGCAGUGGCGGCGCCGCAAGCACGCUUCUUGCCACGGAGAGUAGUAUCUUGUGUGAGGUGCGGAAUCCGGGGUAG